CGUUGCUCAGGGAUUCAAUUCCAAAGUUAUUCGGUAUUCAGUCUUACCGAUCAACUGCGGGUCAGAUCGGGGUCCGAAUGACAGGGUGAAGGACAGAGUGACGAGGCGGAGGGAGAAGAAUUUUGAUUUUGAAUUUUGGUUCGUCGAUGCAAAACUGCAAUUCAGCGAAAGGACAAUGGAACUGAAACAGAUCCUGUGCCUAAUAUCUUUGACCUGCAUGGUGGAGGGUCAAUCGUUCUUCGAUGUGAUCCGAAAUUAUCGUCAAACUCAAAGCAACAGCAUCCCAUCAGGCUACGAGCCGGAUACAACGACCUAUGACUUCAUCGUCGUAGGAUCAGGCUCGGCGGGUUCAGCGGUAGCGAACCGUCUCUCGGAGAACCCGAACUGGAAGAUACUGUUGCUGGAGGCCGGAGGAAUGAUGAACAUUCUGAACGAAAUCCCGAUGCUAGUGAGCGUUUUUCAGCUCACAGAGUUCAACUGGGGCUAUAAAGUCGAACCACAGACCAACGCCUGUCUGGGAAUGAUAAACAGACAGUGUCCUUGGCCCAGAGGAAAGACCCUGGGCGGCACGAGCACACUCAACUACAUGAUCCACACCAGAGGCGGCAAAGAGGACUACGAAAACUGGGCCAAAAUGGGAAACAAGGGCUGGUCUUGGAACGAGGUGCUUCCCUACUUCAAAAAGAGCGAGCGCUUCGACAUCCCUGAGCUGAACAACUCCACCUGGCACAACAGACACGGACACCUCUGUGUCGAAUACGUUCCCUACCACUCGCCUUUGGCCAACGUAUUUCUUCGUGCCGGUAAAAGCCUCGGCUAUAGCAUCGUCGACUACAACGGCGCCAACCAGAUUGGCUUCUCCUUCAUCCAGGUCAACAUGGACAAGGGGACGAGGUGCAGCGCCGCCAAGGCGUACCUCAAGGAUCGAAGACCCAAUCUUCACAUCAUUACAAACGCUCGGGUCACCAAAGUCCUCUUCGAUAAAAAUAAACGCGCAUACGGAGUCGAGUAUGUCAAAGGGAAGAAGUUCCGACAGGCGCGAUGCUCCAGAGAAGUCAUUCUUUCCGCCGGGACCAUCGACUCUGCGAAAUUGCUGAUGCUCUCGGGAAUCGGGCCGAAGGAUCACCUGGAAGAGCUUGGCAUCCCAGUAUUGAAGGACUCUAUGGUUGGGUAUAACCUCUACGAGCACGUCGGUUUCCUCGGGUUGACUUUCCUGGUGAAUCAAAGCGUAACUCUACUCCCCAGGCAGCUCGCCAGACCCGGUGUGCUACUGGACUACGUGAUGAACCGAAAGGGGCCGAUGACGAUACCCGGCGGAGCUGAAGCGCUGGCUUUUAUCAGGAGCAAAUACGCUCAGGACGAAAGACCGGACAUCGAACUGCUCUUCGCAUCCGGCUCGCUCCAUUCCGACAAUGGUCUGACCUUGAGAAGAGCUCUGGGGAUAACCGAUGAGCUUUAUAACGCGGUGUACAAACCCAUCGAAGGCCGCGAUGCCUGGUCGAUCUGGCCCAUUGUUCAGAACCCUCGUAGCGUCGGAAGGAUCAAGCUCAAGUCAAAGGAUCCUUUCCAGAGCCCAAUCAUAGACCCGAACUUCUUCAGCCAUCCGGCCGAUUUGGAGAUAAUCUUAGAAGGAGUCAAACUCGCUAUUAAUAUAUCGCAGAGUGAACCGUUCAGUAAAUACGGUUCUCGUCUUCACGAUGUCAAGAUCCCCGGGUGUCGGACUCUGAAAUUUGGCUCCGACGACUACUGGAGAUGCGCCAUCAAGCAUCUGCCCUCCAUGAUGAACCAUGAAAUUGGCACUGCCAAGAUGGGACCCGCCUCUGAUACCAACGCAGUUGUCGACCCGCAACUCAGAGUGCAUGGCGUCACUGGUCUUCGCGUUGCUGACGCUUCAAUCAUGCCUGCCAUUCCAACUGGACAUUCCAACGCUGUAAUUUACAUGAUAGGCGAAAAGGCCGCCGAUAUGAUCAAGCAGACUUGGCGAUCAAGAUAGUUUCGAAUUGUCGGUUACUCGAUAAGCUCAGGUCGUAAAACUUGACUAUUAACUUCUUGUCGAAUCCAUUUUAAGCCUACGUAAU